AUAGGAGACAGGAGAACAAGCUGCCUCCUACUUGAAACCUGACUUUGCACUGCUUUGGGGGUGAGUUGGACUUCUUCCCUUGGAGAGAGAAUCAAAGACUGGGAGACUCAGCCUCCAUGAUGAGGAACACCUCUGAGGCCAACUUCUCCUGCUACCAUCAGUCUGUGCUGGGCUAUCAUUACUUUGCAGUUACCUGGGGGGUGGUGGUGGCUGUGACCGGCACUGUGGGCAAUGUGCUCACCCUGCUGGCCUUGGCCAUCCAGCCCAAGCUCCGGACCCGCUUCAACCUGCUCAUCGCCAACCUCACCCUGGCGGACCUGCUCUACUGCACCCUCCUCCAGCCCUUCUCCGUGGACACCUACCUCCACCUGCGGUGGCGCACUGGCGCUACCUUCUGUAGGAUAUUUGGACUCCUCCUUUUUGUUUCCAACUCUGUCUCCAUCCUCACCCUCUGCCUCAUUGCACUGGGACGCUACCUCCUGAUUGCCCACCCGAAGUUCUUUCCCCAGGUUUUCAGCACCAAGGGGGUAGCGCUAGCACUGGUGGGCACCUGGGUUGUGGGUGUGGCCAGCUUUGCGCCCCUCUGGCCCGUUUACGUCUUGGUACCUGUGGUCUGUACCUGCAGCUUUGACCGCAUCAGAGGCCGGCCUUACACCACCAUCCUCAUGGGCAUCUACUUUGUGCUGGGGCUUAGCAGCGUGGGCAUCUUCUAUUGCCUUGUCCACCGCCAGGUGAGGCGAGCAGCCCAAGCGCUCACCCAGUAUAAGCUGAGCAUCCGCAGCACCCACGUGGCGGGGACCAGUGAGGUCAUUCCUGGUCGCUUCCAGGAGCUGGACAGUGGGCUGGCAUCCAGAGGGCUCAGUGAAGGGAUCUCAUCUGAGCCAGUCAGUGCUGCCACUACCCACACCCUGGACGAGGGCUCAUCAGAAGUGGGGGACCAGGACAACAGCAAGGUAGCUAAGCAGUUGGCAGAGAAAAACCCUCCAGAAGCUUCUUCCAAGGCCGGGCCAACUAAAGGAGCCCCAAGAGCUCAGGACUCUCCUUCAGAGUUUGGGAAGGUGACCCGGAUGUGUUUUGCCGUGUUCCUCUGCUUUGCCCUGAGCUACAUCCCCUUCUUGCUGCUCAACAUCCUAGACGCCAGGGUCCAGGCCCCCCGGGUGGUCCACAUGCUGGCAGCUAACCUCACUUGGCUCAAUGGCUGCAUCAACCCAGUGCUCUAUGCAGCCAUGAACCGCCAGUUCCGCCAAGCCUAUGGCACCCUCUUAAGACGAGGGCCCCAGAGUUUCCGUCGGUUCCAUUAGAAACAUGUCCCCAGCAACCAGAAUCCCAAAUGGUCUCUGGAGCCAGAGUGGCCAGCUGGCAUGAGAACAAGUGACGGUCAGACCUGUGGGCAUUUUUACAGUCUGUCCCCCAAACCACGGUUCUCCAUCCCUUGAUGAAUGAUUCAGCCCCAGGCUGCCCAAGGAGCACUAUUAAUUAUUAACAGGUGAAUUGCAUGUUUUGUUUUGUUUGUGGCGCUGGGGAUCGAACCCAGGGCCUUGUGCAUGCAAGGCAAGCACUCUACCAACUGAGCUGUAUCCCCAGCCCCGAACCCUUUUUACUUUUUAUCUUGAGACAGGGUCUUGCUAAGUUGCAGAAGCUAGCCCCAGACUUGGGAUCUUCCUGCCUCAGUCUCCCAUAUUGCUGGGAUGACAGGUGUGUGCCACCGUGCUCGGCUAAAUGACAUGCUUUUAAUGUUUGGUUGUACUCUCUGAGCAAGAAGGAGCUGGAACCUAAUAAGUGAGAAUGUGGGGACCUAUGUCAGAAUAAGGAUAAAGAGCACCUGGCCAGGGACAGAGCCUUCAGCUGAGGGGUGUCCCACUCAUAGAACACAGUGAGGUAGUUUAGAAGAAUGAGCUUGGCAGUGGGUUCCAUCCUCAGCACCACAUAAAAAUAAAUAGACAAAAUAAGGUUAAAAAAAGAAAGGAUUAGCUUGCCUUUUUUGCUCAACUUCCCAGAAAUGAUCUCUGCCCCUAACAACUGCUGCCAGCAUCCCCCAUCUCCACAAACAGGUUUAUUCCACUCAAAAAAGUUUGGUGAUCCAGCUUGGACACCCACUCCAGUGAACCCAGCUGCCCGCCCUGCCCGGUGCAAAGGGAAGAGUCACUGAUGAAGAGCCCUGGCUCUGGGAAAUGGAACUGAGCUUUGCCGAGGCAAAAACACGCUUCAGCCCCCCUAGUAGGGUCUCACUCUUUGUAGCUAAUUCAUCCUGUUGCAGGCCAUUUAAAUACCCCAUUAUCCUGGCUUCUGAAACAGGGCAGAAACCAAGAGGGCUCUGGGGCCAGAAUAGCGGGGAGACCAUACCAGCCCUUUCCUCCAGCCCGACCUACACAUCCAGUCGCGGUGGGCAUGUGCGUGAGAACACUUGCGGCCACCAGGUGACGCUGGUUCUCUGUGUUUUCCUUUCUGGCUUUCUGCUUAAGGACAGGAAAAAAAAAAAAAUACCAGCAGAACAGCAAGUCCAGUCCAGGGGUCAGAGACCCAGGGAUCUGCACCUGCCCUUUCUCCAAAAAAAACUUAGGAAGAAAAGAAAAUAAUUGAGACCUUUUAAUUUUUCAUGAGGUAUUCAUUAUCUCUGGUGGGCAGCGUGGGAGAGCAGGGUGAGCACUGUGGUGGCACUGGGGGUGGCAUAUGAGGUCAGGCUGGCACGAAUGCGGAGGCUGAGAGUUGUCCCCUUCCUACCCACAAACCCGCGUGGGUUGAGAGCACAAGGGAAGUCUGGAGAGAUUCAGGCAAGGACACAAAGAACCAGAGUCCAGGUGGACAGAUGGAAACCCUCACAUGCCACACACCUCCAGGGCCCAGGAAUCCUGUUCCUAAACUGGAACCUGCAUUUUGUGGUGUCCUCCUUCCACAGAGAUCAUCAGCAGUCAGGUUGAAGCUACUGAGGCAGGGGAACUGCAGGACCAAUGAAGAACAUCAGCUUGGGAGUGCAGAGAGGAGGGUUCCAGUCAAGGCUCGCUGGGAAUCAGCUCCAUGAACUUGAACAGAUCUCUGGACCACUCUGGGCCUUAGGUUUUAUGAUCUGCACAAGGGGGAGGGGACUCUUCCAUGAACCUACUGCAGUUCUAAAUCCUGCAAAUAAAUUGUUUUACGUAA